CAGCUCAUUGCUGAAAAGCAGGAGAGAGGCUGGGAUCAAAUUUACCAAAUACGGGUACGAAGGUUUUGCAUCCAUUUGUGCGUCCGUCUGCCAGAGUCUUCAAAUUCACAGGGAACAUUCUUGGGACACAGACCUUGGACAAGUUCAAAGAUGGCUAACCGUGACCUAUUUUAAGAGUAAACGCCCCUGAGGACGUAUAAAAGCCAUAGAGGCUCUGGCUGCAUUGGAGGAUCCCGCAGCAUCAGGAUGAUGGCCAAAGACAAGGAGAUGGAGGAGGCCCACCUGUCCAAUGCGGCCAGUGGAUCAGAUCAAGCGGAGACCUCCAGCGUAUCCAACCUGAAAUUAUCGCAGAUCGAUGUCCCGACAAAGCAUAGGGGUAACUGGGGAUGGAUGGUGUCUGCGCUUAUUUGCCUAAAUGUUCUAAUCCUUGGCUGCACCUUGGUCAGUGGCAGCGCCUACAGCAACAUUAACAUCACCAACACAGAUCUGCAAGUUUUCCUCAUCAUCCUCAUCCUCCUCACUGCAAUCUGGAUGGUGUUUUAUGCCAUCUACGUGUCCAAGACAGAAGAUGCUGUUCUUUUUAAGGACAGCCACGCUGGUCCUAUUUGGCUGAGGGGAGGACUUGUGCUGUUUGGGCUCCUCAGUGUUAUCAUGGACAUUUUCAAAAUAGCUAGUUAUGUUGGUUACUUGCACUGUGACUCUGGCGUCAAGGUUGCUUUCCCAGUGGUGCAUGUUGUUUUCAUCAUUGUGCAGACAUACUUUCUGUGGGUUCAUGCCAAAGACUGUGCGCAGCUCCUAAGGAACCUUACAUGCUGUGGACUGAUGCUGACCCUGUCCACAAAUCUGGUCUUGUGGAUGGCUGCAGUCACUGAGGAAUCCCUUCACCAAACAAUCAUUCCAGAUGAUCCGCUCCAUCCGAGCAACAGUACUAAAUUUACAGGGCGAGCCAAGUACAUCACUAAAACAACUUAUGGAGAUAGUAAGUGCAUAUGCAGUCAUACUUCCUGCAGCAUCUUCAAGGAUGCCUACUACUAUCUGUACCCCUUCAACAUAGAGUACAGUCUCUUUGCUUCCACUAUGGCCUAUGUCAUGUGGAAGAAUGUUGGUCGAGUAACAAAUCAUCAUGGCCACAAUAUCGCAUUCCGUCUUAAGGAUGUGUUUCUCGGCCCUGCGGCAGGAAUGCUCUUAGUCAUUGCAGGUCUGGUGACCUUUAUCGUGUACGAGGUGGACAUGAAAACUUACAACGAUAAAAGGAGAGACAAAGUAGUGAUGAUGCACUUUGUCAUGAAUAUUGUGAUAGUGGUCCUGAUGUCCAUCGCCACUGUCAUGGGUUGCGUCAUCUACAAGUUGGACCAUCGAGAACACGUGUCAGAGAAAGACCCCACGCGUAAUCUUGAUGUGGGGCUGCUGGUGGGUGCCUCUUUGGGACAAUUCGUCAUCAGCUACUUCACAAUCGUAGCAAUGGUGGCAACUGAAGCCAAGGGGUACCUGAAUGGCCUUGACCUGGCCUGGGCUAUCUUCAUGGUGAUCCAACUAGGCUUGCAGAAUUUUUUCAUCAUAGAAGGUAUGCACCGGGAACCCCACCACGAGGUGCACCCACUCGUCGUGGUUCAAAAUCCAUAUGUGAUCGAACCAAGCAAAGAUCUAUGCAGCCUUGAAGGAGGAGACAGCAGGGAUCCAAAGUCCAGCCCAAAGGUUUCAGAGCAUGACCCGCCCCUGCACAAUACUGAGCACAGAUAUAAACUGGCGUGGAAGAGACGAGUGCUGAAAGAGGUCUGCAGCUUCUUGCUACUGGGCAACAUCAUACUUUGGAUCAUGCCAGCAUUUGGUGCUCGACCCCAGUUUGACUAUGAUGCCGAAACAGACUUCUUCACAUUUGACAUCUGGGCUGCAGUUGUCAAUGUUGGACUUCCUUUUGGAAUCUUCUACCGCAUGCAUUCAGUCGCCAGUCUCUUUGAGGUCUUUGUGAAGUCAUAACAGCUCAGGGAGCACAAAUAUAUCCAUCUGAAUGUUUGAAUAUAUGGGAUGCUGUUGAUAUUGAAUAAAUAAAUAUAUGAUAUUGAAUAAAUAGUAGGUUUAUCUUUACAUUUAUACAUUUCAAAUUCUAUCAGUCAAUAUCAAAGUAAGUUCUCUCAGCUUCUCCCUUUGUCACUAGUGGUCUCCACAGGAGAUCCAGUACAGAUCUGCAUGUUGUUUUGGCACAAAUUGUCAGUUAAUAUAAUUUUGCCCAUAUUAAAUGUGAUCGCUGUGUGGCUAUAAUGUUCAGAAAUGAAAAAAAUGGCUCUGACUGAGAAGUGCUGCUUUUGCUACUUGUUUCAUCUAUAUUUGCACAAAAUAAAAGUACAUUUUGUUAAAGUGA